UUCCAUGUUUGACAUGUUCACCAAUUUCGUAUUCCUAAUUCAAAUUAUAGCACCUAAACAGUGUUUGCAGCUGCUUUAGUACUCAACCAAACCCAGAAAGUUUGACAAACGUGUGACAAUAUCUUUUCUCCAGUUUAACAUUUACUCCUCCGUUCCUUUCCCCCAAGUUUUCCUUCAUAAAUCGGUCAUCUUCUAUUCGAUCUUUCAGCGUGGGCUCUCUCCCCGGUUAAGUUUGGUGUUUUGAGGUAAAAAAAUGGAGGGAGGAUUUGGGGAAUCGAUGAAUAGGCAGCCCCCAAGCCCUUCGUUUGCAAGCAGCAGCAGCAGCAAUAACAAUAGCGAUGCUGGAUAUUUUGAGUGUAAUAUUUGCUUCGAUUUGGCUCAAGACCCUAUAGUUACUCUUUGUGGUCACCUCUUCUGCUGGCCUUGCCUCUACAAAUGGACUCACAUCCACUCUCUUUCACAUGAAUGCCCCGUUUGCAAGGCUCUUAUUGAAGAGGAGAAGUUGGUUCCUUUAUAUGGCCGUGGAAAGAAUUCCACCGACCCUCGCUCCAAGUCUAUUCCUGGGACGGACAUUCCACAUCGUCCCACGGGUCAAAGGCCUGAAACAGCUCCUCCACCUGAUCCAAAUGCUAAUGCCAAUGCAUUUGCACAGCAAGGAUAUGGAUUUACGGGAGGCUUCGGCCCCUUUGGUGGUUUUGCACCUGUGGCGAGUGCUAGAUUUGGAAACUUCACAUUUUCUGCAGGACUUGGGGGACUACUACCUUCGUUCUUUAACAUUCAAGUGAAUGGAUUCCCAAAUCCAAACCUGUAUGGAGCAGGUCAUGGUUUUCCAUAUGGGUAUCCUAAUACGUUCCAUGGUGCGCAUGCUCAGGGAUUCCAUCAUCAUGAAAACCAGCAACAGCAAGCGGAUUCCACCCUGAUGCUCCUAUUGCUGGUGGUCGGUUUGAGUGUGCUUUUAACUUUAAUUUGGAGUUGAGGUAAAUCAUCAGUUGGAGCUUGAAUUUCAAAUCUCUGUUCCUUGCCUGUAGUAAUAUAUGUUAGUGCAUUUCUUCUAUGCAAGUUGUGUUUAUUGUAUCCUUUACUUUUUUGUUAGACAACUUUCAUUUUUAUAACAUCUCAAGUGCUAUCAAUCAAUUGCUGUGUUUGGUAAGUUUCUUUAUAUGUAUGCAUGGUGUAUCAAGGAACGGAUAUUGCAUUUUGGAGUUUUGGUGGCGAGGUGAAGCAUCAUCUGAGAGUUAUAGGGCUCUAUAAUUAGCAGUUUGAUGUUUGUCGUUAACAGCGUCUUGAAUUGUAGGGCAUUGGCAUUGCUGUUGUUGAUAGGUACUUGAAUUUAGCUUCUAUUGCAUUUGAUACUUGUAUAGCUCAAUAAGUUGUAUUCCAAAUCACAGCACUCUAGACUCACUUGUUUGAUUUAUGUUGGUAGCCCUUGUGAUACAAGGUUCAAUGUUUCAUAUAGAUUCUUAUUUCUUCUAUGAAGUUCAAAUGUUUUAAGUA